UCAAAUCCAUCUUCCAGUUCCAUGGUUCAUAUUCGAGUUUGAGCGAAGCUUUUGUCCCUUAUCUCUUUUUUAGAAGAAGAAGAAGAAGAAGAGGAGAUCCUUCACUUUGUCUUCUCCGCCUUUAGAUCAAACUCGUCUGAAGUCUUACAGGGAUUUAUACGGAUCAGUUCAAUUUCAAGUGGUGUUAAGUUUCUGAACCAUCCAUGGAUCAGGCUGAACUGAGUAUAGAGCAGGUAUUGAAAAGAGACAUUCCAUGGGAGACUUACAUGAACACUAAGCUGGUUUCAGCAAAAGGUCUCCAGCUCUUAAGACGCUUUGAUAAAAAACCUGAGAGUGCAAGGGCGCAGUUGCUGGAUGAAGAUGGUCCAGCUUAUGUUCAUCUGUUUGUUAGCAUCUUACGUGAUAUAUUCAAGGAAGAAACAGUGGAAUAUGUUUUGGCUUUGAUUUAUGAAAUGCUCUCAGCAAACCCAACACGGGCUCGAUUAUUCCAUGAUGAAUCUUUGGCACAAGAGGAUACUUAUGAGCCUUUCUUGAGGUUGCUUUGGAAGGGAAAUUGGUUUAUUCAAGAAAAAAGCUGCAAGAUCCUUGCCUGGAUCAUAAGUGCUAGGCCAAAAUCUGGUAGUGGUGCUAUUGCUACUGGAGAAGCUUCGGGUUCAAAGAAACAAAUUACUACAAUUGAUGAUGUACUCAAGGGGUUGGUGGAAUGGCUUUGUGCUCAGUUGAAGCAGCCUUCUCAUCCUACUCGUGGUGUUCCAAUUGCAAUCAGCUGCCUCUCGUCACUGCUUAAGGAACCUGUUGUCAGGUCGUCGUUUGUUCAGGCAGAUGGGGUGAAAUUACUUGUCCCUUUAAUUUCCCCAGCAUCCACUCAGCAGUCAAUCCAGCUUCUGUAUGAAACAUGUCUCUGCGUCUGGCUUCUGUCCUAUUAUGAACCUGCAAUAGAGUACUUGGCAACAUCGAGGACAAUGCAAAGGCUCACGGAAGUAGUUAAGAGCUCGACAAAGGAAAAGGUUGUCAGGGUGGUCAUUUUGACAUUCAGGAAUCUGCUUCCAAAAGGUACAUUUGGUGCUCAGAUGGUUGAUCUUGGACUCCCACAUAUCAUCCACAGUCUAAAAACUCAAGCAUGGAGUGAUGAGGACUUGCUGGAUGCACUGAACCAAUUAGAAGAAGGGCUAAAAGACAAAAUCAAGAAAUUGAGUUCCUUUGAUAAAUAUAAGCAAGAGGUGCUUCUUGGCCAUCUUGACUGGAACCCAAUGCACAAAGAGGCCAAUUUCUGGCGGGAGAAUGUCACAAGCUUUGAGGAGAACGACUUCCAGAUACUCAGAGUCCUCCUCACAAUCCUGGACACGUCAAGUGACCCCAGAUCGUUGGCGGUGGCAUGCUUUGAUAUCUCACAGUUCAUACAGUACCAUGCAGCAGGGAGAGUGAUAGUAGCAGACCUCAAGGCAAAAGAACGAGUGAUGAAGCUGAUGAACCAUGAAAACGCUGAGGUGACCAAGAAUGCUCUCCUGUGCAUUCAGAGGCUUCUCCUUGGUGCUAAGUACGCUAGCUUCUUGCAAGCUUGAUGGGACUUCCAUGUUUCUUUGAAUAUAAUGGAAUGCAACCAAAACACACAUAUUGUGUUUCCUUUUUCCCCCUGUCCAAAAACAAAACGUGAAUCCAACUCCUGCAUGCUUCUUUUCUUUCGAUUCUACACAUUCCAAGACCAUCUGUUUAUUAUUUAUCCUGGAGACUCUGCUAUUUGUAUGUCUAAAUAAUUUCCGGCUUUGUUUUCUUUUUGUUUUUAAUUUAUUUAUUCAAUAAAGAGAGCUUGAGGAAGAAUGCUAUUGUUGCAAGACAUACACUUAUGAGCUGGUUACUUUGUUGUAUGAUGUGAGAGUUUCAACUUAAAUGAA